AUGGCUCUCUGGGUGCUGCUGAGCCUGUCUUGCUUGCUGACGCAAGCAGCGGUUCCCCCAUGGCUUCAGGAGGAUGGCCUCGGAGAAGCAGAGGGUGCCCGGCUGGAGAUGAAGUGGCCGCCGGCGCGGGAGCCGCGGAGUAAUCGUGUGAAUGUCACCAUGAUUCUUACGGAUGUGCACAGUUUCGAUGAGCCUGGAGAAAAAAUCACUGUCUACGCCUUCAUGAGGCUCUGGUGGAGAGAUACUCGUUGGCGGCAAGCGAUGCAAAAACAGGUAGACGGCUUCUGCUCGGCUUCGGCAGGGGGCUGCAAUGCUUCGGACAGGGAGUUGGCCAAGCGAUGGAUGGACGGCCGGCUCAACUCAACCAUCUUCGGACAGACGGCGGAUUCCUUCUUCGAGUCCACGACGGGCUUCGGAAGGGAGCUUGGGCUGGAGAUGAACGGCAAAGUCUGGACUCCCAUCCCUCCAAACUUGAUGUUGAACACUGCUUCUAAUCCUCUUGGGAAGACGGAGUUC